AUGGGGUUUGACUCUUCAAUGAUGAACGGCCUUCAGGGGUUGGAUACCUGGAUGAAUUAUUUCGGCAAUCCGAGCGGCACCUGGCUUGGACUCUUGAAUGCAGUCAUGUUUUUGGGAGGUGUACUACUUGCGUUUCCGACUGCGUGGUUGUCCGACAAGAUUGGUCGACGGUAUACCAUCGUGAUUGGCAUUGUCAUCUUGACAAUAGGAGCCGCAAUUCAAGGCGCAUCGCAGAACAUUGCCACCUUCAUAGUCGCACGUUUCAUAGUAGGCAUGGGGGUGGAAAUCGUCCUCGUCCCAGCACCAGUGCUUAUCACGGAAAUCGCCUACCCUGCGCAUCGAGCCAAGGUAACUGGUCUUUUUCAGACAUGCUUCUAUGUCGGGUCGAUCGCUUCGAGCUGGAUCACAUUUGGCACCUUCUCUCUCGCGUCCACCUGGAGCUGGCGCAUCCUCCAUCAUGCAAGCCUACUUGGGAUCUUCUUCGUUCCCGAAUCGCCGCGUUGGCUUGUGUCCAAAAACAAGCUGGACGAAGCGCGCGCUUUUCUAAUCAAAUAUCACGCCGGGGGAGAUAGUUCUCACCCGUUGGUUCAUCAUGAGAUGGCAUUGAUCACGGCUCAUAUCCAGUCAGACACUGAGAUUGAGCGCAUGGGAUGGUCCGUCAUGUGGAACACAGCAGCUGAUAAGAAGCGCACGGCAAUCGCGGGAUUUGCUGCAAUUAUAUCCCAAUGGUCAGGCAAUGGUAUCAUCACCUACUACCUGGCAAUGGUUCUUGAAACCGUUGGCAUUCAGGAUAGCUUUUACGAAGACUCUUAUCAAUGGCAUCCUUCAGAUCUUCAAUCUCUUCGCUGCCAUGAUCCGGGUCUUUCUGCAUCGACAGGCUCGGUCGCAGUACUGUCAGCAGUCUACUUGGAAACCACAAAUACUGAAGCAAUCGGCCGGACCGUUAUUGCCUUCAUCUUCAUCUACUUUUCUUUUAUGAUAUCGGCGUCACCCCGCUCACAUUUGGUCACCUACCCAGCGGAAAUCCUUCCCUUCCAUGCUCGCCAGAAAGGAAUCGCCUUCACGAACAUGUGCAACACCAUUGCACUUACAUUCAAUACUUUCGUGAACCCUAUUGCGCUAGAAGCUAUCUCUUGGAAGUAUUACCUGGUCUAUGUGGGGCUCCUGGUAGUUAUGAGUCUUAUCGUAUAUCUCUUCUUUGCAGAGACCAAAGGCCUCUCGCUAGAGGGAAAUAUCCGAAGUCUUCGAAGGUCCUGCCAUAACCACAUCAUGGUAUCGACGACGCCACACGUCGGACGAGGUGGACGAAAUCCUCGAUGGGCGCGACAAUACCAAAGAUGA